AUGGCGACCACUCAGCGACCGACGAGUGCGGUGGACCCGAGUCUCGUGUCCCACAAAAAUGCGCCCUCUACCGUCACUGUUCGAAGCAGAACUGGCGACUCAGAUACAGAUGAGACUGGGAGCGCCCACGAGACAAGCUACUCGGAAGAUCAACAGAUCCUCAUAGUCAAGCAGACAAUGCUCACUGUACAGCGCAAGACCAUGGUCGAUCUCGAAAUCCAGCAUUCUUAUUUUGAGAAUACCACAAUUGAAGAAUUUUUGGAGUUCAUCACCCACGAGCGCCUUACUCGGCUGCCGCAUCGUGGAAGUCUGUGGGAUCGGAUCCUGAGAAGCGCCGAGUAUUUUGGUCUUCAGAUUUCUGCAUAUGGCAAUGCUGUCGGCGCUUUUGUGCCGGAGAGCCACUUUGCUAUGGGACCUCAGCAAGGCCCUGCUCUUGAGCCAGCAUUUGGCGUGUUCCACAAGCUCGGCCUCACAUUGUCGAUCACAUUGCGCAGCCAACCCUUGUACCACGUUAAUGAGCAUAUUCGAAUGGAGCUUGGAUCUGUAUUUUCAGGACUACUCUCGCUCGUGGCCCACGUCGCCACGUACUAUCGCAAGCAACUCAGUGGUAUGCUCCCUUCCUAUAUGCUUUGUGUCAUGCUAAAGACGCAAAAAUCAGGCAUGUCUACUACUAUGGUGCAAUUUGACUUCAACAGCCUUUUCGGCAAAUCCAUCACCAACAUCCUUCGCACCAAGGAUCAUAUUGCGGACACAAUGUGGAGCUACAGCCUUCGCAAGGCUAAGAUCUCUACUGACAUCGAGAUCAAGACAAUCCGCAAGUGGCUUCUUGCCACUGAUACCACCCUCCAGACACUUCUCUCGGAUCGCAGCGCCUCCAAGACAGUCCGUACUGAGUUCACCUGCGAGUGGAUUCAACGACCCCUCCUCGACUUUUUCAGGACUGAUGAUCAGACUUUUGCUAUCACUGGCGACGUCGGUACUGGCAAGAGCGUGCUUGCAGGAUGGGUUCAAGAACGACUGCAACGUCCACUUUCAAGGAAGUCGCACGAAACACUUUCCUUCACAUUCGAGGCCGAUAUUCCUAGCCAGUGCAAGUCACUGUCCCUCAUCAAGAGCCUUGCUGCACAAUUGCUCGAUCGUAACGUUGGAAAUGUGGAGAUAUACAAGAAGCUUGCGGCAACAUAUGAGCUCUCCACAAAGCCAGGGCAAGAUAAGAAAGUGGAGGCUGCCCUAUGGGAAGCAGUCGAAGCCAGUAUCAAGAGCAUCGCCUCCAAAGAAAACAACCUAGUCAUCCUCGUUGACGGGCUUGAUCACAUCAAGGGCGGUACUGCCGUUGCCAAAGAGACAUUUCAAAAAAUACAUCAUGUGGCAAUGAGACUGGCCUACGUCAGAUCCAUCAUUUUCUGCCGACCUGAGUGUGCAGUGCCGUCUAAGUACGUCGAGCAACUCAAAAUCACGCCAGACCACGUACACGACGAUAUUCGCCGUGUCGUGAACGCUUCGCUCGAGCAUCAUAAACUUCUUCAGAAAUUGAGUGGUCAGACUCGGGAUAAUCUCCUCGACGGACUUACACAUGGCUGCAAAGGUUCUUUCUUGCGCAUCGUGUUGACACUGAGGACCAUCGUGUCCAAGGACAAUGAAAAGGCCUUCUUGCAAGCCAUCGAGAAGCCGCCAAAGUCACUAGAAGAUGCGGCGAAGAGACUCAUCGCUGAGGUAAAUUUCCAUGAGGAGGAUACCAAGCGUAUCGUCCUUUGGACUCUUACAGCUGAGCGACCUUUCACAAUCAACGAGAUUACCGAUCUCCUACGCAUCGACGUCCGACGAAAGACUUUGCUUAGCAGAGAAACCGAGAUUGCUGGUACUAUAAAGAAGUUGUCCCAGAGCAUUCUUAUUACGACGAACGGGACCCUACGUUUCCGCCACUCCUACAUCCGACAUGAGCUCUUGGACAUGUCUCAACAUGAUAGGACGCUCCUUCCUUCACGACACGUACAAACCGAGCUGUCCUUGCGGCUACUUGCUUACAUCAGCAUCUGCCUCGACGCAAGUUGCGAACCCUCCUUCGAUGUUCUUGACGGGUCUACGAUCACCGAUCUAUUCGGCUCUCAUCGUCUGUUGGAGUACUCAGUCAGAUACUGGAGCGCUCAUUUCAAGUUAUCCACUAUGCACGGGGACAAGGGACUUGAGUUUGGAGACGAUUUCAAGCAUGUCUUCCCGACAACAUCAUACUUGGCAAGGCUCGAGUGGGCCUGUUGGGGUACCAUGACAUCCACUGUCAAAGUCGUGCAGUGGCAUGAUCUCACAUUGCGCAUUCGCCAAAAGGUCUUCGGAGAGAAACACGAAUGCGUUCUGCAAUCCGCAAUCAUCGUUGGCAGUAUCUACAGAAGCCUCGAGCGUCACGAGCUGUCGUGCAACUUCUUUUACAGGGCUUCGCAAAUCGCUAAGUCGAUUCUGACUAUCUCUAGUGCUGUGACUUUGACAUGCGUGUCGACCUUCUUGGUUUGCGCAGAAUUCAUUACCAUCACUACUCGCACUCAAUUUGUGACGUACAAAGAAGAGAUGCUGAAGGUCAUCAUCGACAUCUAUAAACAUCAACACGGCAAGACCAGCGACAUUGUGAUCCGACACUACAAGAUCCUUGCAAAGCUCUAUGUAGACCUCCACGAACAUUCUUCGGCAACAGUCUGCUAUCAUGAGCUUUAUGAGAUAAUCUGCAUUCGAUAUGGCAAGCACUCUGACGAGGCACGGGGCAUAUCGGAUGAGCUCAUGAUCGUCUUGCGUAAAGACGAUAAAUGUAAAGACAUCCUCAAAUACACUGGCUCCAUCUUCGAAACCAGCGAGGAGACGAUGGAGGUCUGGGACAUUCGACGCAUCACCAUCACCAUACAGAUCGCCAUCGCUUAUGAGCGAGAGGGUAAGAUCUCCCUUGCUGAAGAGACCUAUAUCGAAUUGUGGCAGCGAAUCACAGAGGCCUGCCGUACGAAACGAGUGACCGAGAUGCUCAUUGCCAAAUUUGACAUUGCAUUCGCCUAUGUUGAGUUCCUCAGACGAUGCCAGCGCGUCGAAGAAGCAUCGAGCAUCCUCAUCUGCAUUUGGGAAGAGCAUCAACAUGAGGCGCAUAUCUCUGAGACCUUCAUCAUCCACAUCAAGACUCUCGGGAAGCUUAUGAAGUCCUUCGGGCUCCUGCAAUUUGCCAUCUCCGUCUUCUCAUCGGUCUGGAGUUUCUUUAAGAAGCAUAACAAGUGCUCCCACGAAGAGGCUCUGUCUGUCACUGUUUUGAUCUCGGAAACAGUCGAAGAGGUGAUCACGACGAAGACCACGACAGUCACUACGACUACGACUACGACGCGGACUGAGACUACAACAACAGUAUCAGAGACCAUUCUCAUUGAAAUUUUCGAAUCAUUCCUUGCUACAAUCCAUACGCUCAAGGCAUACACGCAGAUAAUCAAGACUUGCAAUGCGCUUGUCACCAUUUAUGCACAGCUUGAGCAAUGGUCUAAGGCGGUCACCAUUCUGACGAAGACACUUGAGAUCGUGUGGAAGCAAAUUAUCCACAUCGAAGGAGAGAUUUCUCUUCCAGGUACAUGCCGUGGGGAAGCUGUCCUGAUCGCCCUUCGCUAUGCCCGCUGCUAUCAUUACCAGCACAACUUCGAUGUUGCAGAGAGAAUCUAUAUUGCCAUAUACAAAGCUUGCUUGACUGGCUUCCAAAUUGAGGACGAGCACGUCCAGAAGACAUUCUACGCGCUGAUCGAGUUUUACGAAUCAUACCACCGUCAUGACAAGGCAAUCAAGCUCUACGAAGAACUCCUGGUUCGCUAUCGCAAGCACUUAGGCGCGAGCCAUACCCUGACUAUCAGCCUCUUGUACAAGCUGGGGUCGCUCUGCCUAUCUUAUGGCCGUAAAGAAGGCUAUAGCUACUACGUCGAGAUCGUGACCGUCUUGAAUAAGGACUCGCAUCGCUGUCAUCAUGACGCAUUCGAAGCUGCGAUUAUUCUGUCGAGAUGGUACUACGAAGAGAAAAAGUGGGAGAAAUGUCACCAGAUUUGCAAGAUCGUCUGGGAGACAUACCACCACGAAUGGAAGACAAUCACGCUUGAGCAGACGCUACUGAUCACGCUCUUCAACAGGUAUCUCGAUGUGUGCCGGUAUCAUGUCAAGGUCGAGUACUCCAUCCUCCGUAAAUUGGUCCUCGAAUACCGCGAAGUCUGCACUCAAAUAUUCGGCGUCACUGCCUCAAUCACGAUCGAGGCCCUGAUUCAAGUCGCAACGAUCCUUGAACUCCGUGCAGAGUAUUAUGAAGAGGCAUUGACGAUAUAUGAAGAGAUCAUCAAGACAUUGACAACCCAGAAGACAACAGUCACGACCACUACGACUGUCACUACGGUCACCACGACAUCUGUGACAACGAUCCGAGAACGCCUCACGAAGCUUUAUGUGACAGUGAUCAAGUCUUCUUCCAAGUGCUCGCACACGAGGCUUCAGCGUGCAAUCACAUUAUGUGGAGAGCGCUACGCCGAGCUGAAGAUUCAGCUUGGAUGCUGGCACAUCAGCACCCUCGAAAUUUUGCUCGAGUUGGUUUUGCUUCACAAACGCAUCCAUACUACUGAGUCGCAUGACAUUGUCGUCUUGCUGCUUCGUACCAGCUUCCUUGAAAUCAUCACCCAGGUAACGACGACAACGCUGUUGUUCAGCGCUGCCGUAAAGCUGGCUUCGAUCUAUCUUGCUUGCGAGCUGCCAACGCAUGGCAUGGACCUCGUCCAUCAUUUGCGCCGCAUCAUCAUUGUGCAAGAUGUUUCCUUCGAGUCUCACUUUGGCUUCAAAUGUACUCAUGCCAUCACCAAGCGGUCCUACAUUUACCUGGUCGCUUUUGAGGAGACCAUUCGAGGAGCAAAGACGAUCAGCUACACAGAGCUCAUGGCCGACAUUCUGAUCGAGACAGUGCUGUACGAAAAGUUCACCUCUUCUAUCAAGGUCAAAGCUGAGAUUGAGACUAUCAUUGUCGCUGGUGCGCGACUUCGGUAUUUCUUGUCUAUCCGCAAGCGUGAGCUCCAAGUCAAAACUCUCGACGACCAACUCUUGGCUAUCUUCCUCGGCAAGUAUGGAUCGUCCCUCACGGUCAAGGAUACCAGCAAGCGGACGCUUUACCUCAGGCUCGUUGUGAAGCUAGGCAAAAGCAAGCGCCAACUGUCCUUGACUCACAUAGCUUGCAUCCUCAGUGAUGUGAAAGUACUGAAGUGGCUGCAGAAGGGCAGGUUCGAAGACGCAUAUGAGCUGGCCAAUGCUUUGUUCCAAUUCCUUCAGAUCCACAACGCGUAUCAUGACGCUUCCCGCAUCGGCUACGGCUUCAAGCUGGCUCGCCAUACAGCAUUCCAAGGUCUCAGCAAAGUGCCGGAAAAGAAGCUGCACGAAGCUUUCCUCGAGACGUCUCGUUUAGUGAUUCGUGCAGUCUUCGCCGCGUGUAGAGAUCACAACAUUUCCAUCCUGUCCUUGACAAUUGAAGACAUUGACUCACUCGUCAGCCUACUCGGUAGCCAGAAGAACUACUCAGACCUAGAGUACCUUCUGACCCAACUCUGGAACUCCCGCGAAAUCCAGUCCAAAUCGUGGAAAUCCUCCACCACAGUUCUCACCCUCGGCCGCUCCCUCGUCCAAGCGCGCUUCCUCCUCCCCGAUUCCGACAAGAAAGCCUCCGCCAUCAACCUAGCCGAGGACAUCGCAUACAAUCUCCGCCGCGCCAAAGGCUCCCUCAACCCGCUCACCCUCGAAGCUUACACCCUCCUCUCCUCCCUCUACACCGCCCAAAACCGCCAUCGCGAAGCCAUGGGCAUCCACGAGGAAAUCCUCCGCCUGGCUCUCUACGGCGACGAAAGCGACGACGACGGCGAAUUCGACGGCACAGACGCCGGCGGCAAGAAACUGAAAGAGGUCGUCAAGGCACAGGUGAAGAUGCUCAAAGCAUGCUGGGAGCGUCUCGGCGGGUUCGAUAAGAAACAGAAUGUGUACGAAGAGCUGUAUAAUAAGUUGGAGAAGGAGUUCGGCGAGAUGGGUGAGAGCCCGAAACAUUGGAAGAAAGAUGGCGGCGUGGGCGCCGUGUUUGAGGUGCCCAAAGCUUGGGGCGUGCUGGGUAAGGAGCAGGCGCAGGGCAAGAAGGAUGGGAAGAGAGUUGUUGCGAGACGCAGCUUGACUUGGGGUGUCAUUCCCGCUGGGUAUGGGGGUGGGGGUGGGUUGGAUUCGAGGAGGAAGAGUGGGAAGGCUUUUUGA